AUGUCUCCUGCCCGGACAGCAGCAGGCCUCCCUGCUUACGAAUAUCCCAAGGGGACUGAGGAGAAACUGGAGUAUGCGGAUCUAGAGGCUCUCGACAUCUCGAAGCUCGACCAGCCAGGCGGGAAGCAGGCCCUGGCCGAGCAGGUCCUCAGCUUCAUCAACAAGAAUGGCUUUUUCUACGUCGUCGGCCACGGCUUCACAGACGAACAAGUCCGGCGGCAGUACGCCCUCUGCCAGGCAGUCCUCGACCUCCCGCUAGAGGAGAAGCUCAAGUACCAGUGCAACACGGCGGCCGGCGACUUCAGGGGCUACAAGCCGCAGUCGACGGGCAAGCUGGCGGCGCGGGACAACGAUGAGCGGUACAACAUCCCCAAGUUCACGCCGGAGCACGAGCGGCCCCACCCGCAGCCGAUCCUCGACCACUGGGAGGAGAUCCGCGGCUUCUCGCGCAGGGCGCACGACGCGCUGCUGCUCCCGCUGCUGCGGCUGUUCGCGGCGGUGCUGGAGCUCGGGGACGAGGACUUCUUUGUGCGGCGGCACCGCUACGAGGCCGAGGGGCUCGAGUACCUGCGGUACAUGCGGUACUUCCCCCGCUCGAGGGAGGAGGACGCCGCGGCGGGGGAUAUCUGGGCCAAGGGGCACACUGACUACAACACGCUGACGUUUCUGUUCCACCAACCUGUCGCGGGCCUGCAGGUGCAAACGCCGGAGGGGCAGUGGAAGUACGUCAGGUCGCCGCGGGAUGCGGUCAUUGUCAACAUCGCCGACGCGCUCGAGUUCCUGAGCGGCGGGUAUCUGAAAAGCACUGUGCACCGCGUCGUGCGGCCGCCUGAGGACCAGGCGGACCGGCCGCGGCUGAGCCUGAUCUACUUCGCGAGGCCAGAGGCGAACAUAAUCCUUGAGCCGGUGGACAGCCCGCUGCUGAAGCGCAUCGGGCUUGGGGAGAGGAGUGAGAAGGAGAAGUUUGCGCGCAAGGUGACUGCUGAAGAAUGGGCGCGCGCACGCGUCGCCAAAGACCAUCGGUUCCGCACCGGGGUCGUGGACCAGCGGGAAAAGGAGAUCAUUGCUGGGGUGGCUCAAACGUAUUACGACUAG